AUGGAAGAAAAAAAAAAAAUAAACAACAAGUCAAACAGUCGAGUUUCUAAUGAUGAUACGAAUAAAGAGAAAAGAAAAAAGUUAAAACCUAUACAAGUCAGAAGAAGCAUUAAAGAUAUAAUAAUUUCACAUAAUCCAUAUGAUUAUAUAUAUAAUUAUAAAGGAAAUGAUAUCGAUAUAUUCGAUAUUAAUAAACAUGAUAAGAUUGUAAAAGAUAGAACGAGUGAGAUAGAAGAAAAUUCAAAUAUAUUUAUAGAAAAUGAAAUAUUAGAUAAUAAUGAAAUGUUGUUGAGAAAAGAAUUAAACGAAUUAAUAAAUAAAGAUGAUUUAAGCGAAGACAUGAAAAAUGAUAUUAAAGCUCUUUAUAUUGAAGUACAAGAAAUGUAUUUAAUAUUAAAAAAUGAUAUAAAAAAUAAUAUUCCGUCAUCUGAUGAAAUAAUAAAAUUAUAUCUGGCAGAUGAUCAAAAAGAUAAAAGUACGAAUAUUAUAUGGAAAAGAUUUUGUUUUUAUAAAUUAUUGAGUGAUAAAUUAAAUGACUUACAUAUAUCUACCAUAUCUUCAUAUAGACAUACAUAUUUAAAAACGAUAUAUAUAUGGUACAAAAAAAAUAAGAAGUUGUUAUUUAAUACGGAUGAUAACAAAGAAGUGUUUGGGGGGAACAAUAUUGUAGGUGAAAUAAAUGAGGUAGACGAAAAAAAUGAGAGUGAUGAAAAAAAUGAGGUAGAUGAAAAAAAUGAGGGUGGCGAAAAAAAUGUAGACGAAAAAAAUGAGGGUGGCGAAAAAAAUGUAGACGAAAAAAAUGAGGGUGAUGAAAAAAAUAUAACAAACCAGAAUGAAAUAAUUAAAAAUAAGGACCCUUUGAAUUGUCAUACCAAAAAGGAAGAAACAGAAAAAGAAAUGAAAAAGGAUUAUGCGAAAAAAAUAUCACACAAUUUUGAUGAAACAUUACAAGAAGAAAUGAAUAAAAUUAAAAAAGAACAUGAGAUAAAAGAAAACGACAUAAACUUGUUAGUAUAUAAUGAAGAACCUCAUGAUGUGUUAAAUAAGUACACAUUUCCAAAUGAUGUAUUCCUAUUAAAUAAUACAAAAAUUAGUGAUAAAAAUAUAAAAAACGUGAAAGAAGAACAAAAUGUUGUAAGUAAUGAUUUAAAUGUAUUAUUAUUAAGAAAUGAUAAAGAUGAAGAAGAUAAGUAUGCUAAAGGUAUUUGUGAACAUGUAUCCUUAGACAUAUUUAUAAAUAAUAAUGAUGCGUUUAACAUAAACACCAAUGAUGCGUUUAAUAUAAACACCAAUGAUACGUUUAAUAUAAACACCAAUGAUGCGUUUAACAUAAACACCAAUGAUGCGUUUAACAUAAACACCAAUGAUGCGUUUAACAUAAACACCAAUGAUACGUUUAAUAUAAACACCAAUGAUACGUUUAAUAUAAAGACCAACGAUACGCUUAGUAUAAAUAAUUAUAAUUUAGACAUAAAAGAAGAGCAUAAAAAUGUACCCAUACCUUUACAUACAAACAAAAUAAAAGAACUAGAAGAAGAAAUUAAAAAACAAAAAUUGUUAAUCAAAAAAAAAGAAAUAGAAAUUAUUAAUUCUCCUAUAGGUAUUAAAUUUAAAGAUAUUUUUGGAAAAUUUCAAGAUAUAAACAAUUAA